GUCCUCUUCAGAGGGAGAAGCAGCACGCUCAGCAGUUUGUGUUUUUCAUCAACUCUGAAGCUGAAGCUGAAGCAUAAGGAGAGAAACCAAUAGAGACAAUGGAUCUAAGCUUGGUUCCCUAUGUCGAGUCGACGGCAGCCGAGAAAACUGCCGCCGCAGCCGGAGACAGCAAAUAUCGCGAGUGUCUGCGGAACCACGCCGCCGCGAUGGGCGGGCAGGCUUACGACGGCUGCGGCGAGUUCAUGGCCGGAGAGGAAGAAUCUCUCAAGUGCGCCGCGUGCGGAUGCCACCGCAACUUCCACCGGCGGGAAGGGUCCCCGACCCACCGCCCUUUACUGAAACAUGCAAUGUUGCCGGCACCGUCGCCGGUGGCCUUCUUCCCACCGCCGCCCCUUCCUUUCCACCAGAUCCCGACACCGGUUUCACCCGAUCCCGGAAGAGGGGCUUCGGAGACGCCGCCGAGAAGGGAAGAAGGGCCGAUGAGGAAGAGAUAUCGAACAAAGUUCACCGCAGAGCAGAAGGAGAAGAUGUGGAUCUUCGCCGAGAAGCUCGGGUGGCGGAUCCAGAAACACGAUGACGAGAAGCUCGAGGAGUUCUGCGUCGAGAUUGGUGUAAAGCGCCAUGCUCUUAAGGUCUGGAUGCAUAAUCACAAGAACAAUCUCUCGACCUCUGCUAUCACCACUGCCGCCGGGCACGGUCCCUCCUCCGCGGCUGCCGCCGACGCCGCCGCUCCGACUAUCCGAGUCUGAUCGGAUUCCGGCAACAUUUCCAAGCUAGUUUCGGAAAUUCGCUUAAUCCCUAGGGUUUUCUUUUUCCCCCUUUUUUUAAUACCUUCUCCCGGAAAAAAAUUAGACAGUGUAUUCUGGCCGGAGUUGCGGCCGUUGGGAGAAGAAUGAACGGAGCUGGAUUUUUAUAUUAUUAAUAUAUAAGAGUUUUUAUAAAUGAA